AUGCCUCAUGCUCAAUCCUCACUUAUCGACGUCGAGUUACACGUCAACGAUGAUCUUCUCGCCCCUACCGAAGUCUCCAAGCUCCAACCCUCGUACCCCAAUGAACCACUCGACGUUCUGUACCAACGCUACAUCAAAAACGGCUACCUCCUCGUCAAAAGCCUCCUCCCACGCGACGAUGUCCUCGCUGCUCGUGAAGCGUACUUCAAAUCCAUGGCCCCCAGCGGCGUUUUAAAGCCCGGAACAGAACCCGUUGACGGCAUCUUUAACGACGAAGCCGAUUCGGCCGAUUAUCCUGGUAUUGGAGCUGGUAGUGGCAAGAAUUCCAGGCCGGGCGAGACAAACAAGUCUGAGGUUUUUGUCAAUGCAGCUCUCAAGGCACAUACCGAACCCUGGUACUCAGGAUCAGAAGAUGGAAGCGUACAAGGAUUCUGCAAUCAUCCGAAGCUCAAAGACUUUGUCGCUCGCCUUACAGGCUGGGGAGACUCCACGCUUGCCGUCCGUCGAACUCUUCUCCGAAACAAUACACCCGGCAACAAAGCUAUUGGCGUACACUAUGACCAAUCCUUCAUGCGCUAUGGGGAGCCCACAGCCGUCACAGCAUGGGUACCUAUGGGUGAUAUCAAGCUUGACGGCGGCGGACUUAUCUACCUCGAAGAAAGUGAAGCCCUUGGCGCCGAGAUUGAAAACGACUUUGCCAAGAAAGCGAAAGAAGCUGGCAUGAGCGACGAGGAGAUGCGUAAUGCUUUCAACUCGAAUAUGAUGAGUACUGGAUUCUUGGCUGAUGGUCCGGCCGACUUUGGAAGACAGCAUGGUAGGAAGUGGCUUGUGAGUGAAUACGAGGCUGGGGAUGUUGUAUUUCACACUCCACAUAUGAUCCAUGCGUCUACGAUCAACCACGAUGCGGAGAACCGGAUACGGCUUGGAACAGAUCUUCGAUUUGUCAACUCUACACGUCCCUGGGAUACGCGAUGGAGUAAAGACUUUGAGUUCGGUGAUGGUGUCUAG